AUGGAAAACAACAAAGCGCAAAUGAAAACAGUCAUGAUUGAAGACGCUGAAGCUGGAAGAGGCGUACUACUCUAUGGACAAGAUGGCCAAGCACGAAAACUACCAAUUCCCUCGACAGACCCCAACGACCCUCUCAACUUUGCACCCUGGCGCCAGCGACUCGUUAUUGCAGGCGUCUGUAUCUACGGCGUAGCGGGUUUUGGCGUCAUACAGUCGACUCCCCUUUUCUUCGGCAAGCUCAUACAAGAGUACAAGGGACUGACACAUGGAGAGUUUGACCCAGAACGGAUUGUUGAUCUGGCCAGCUAUCCCUCUUUGUGCAUGGGCCUAGGAAACUUCCUUUUCGUCCCUUUGUCUAUGGCACUAGGUCGAAGGUUCACCCUUAUCCUGUGCAAUAUGCUGUUGCUUGCUUCCGUCAUUUGGGCCGCCAAGUCGCAAUCUUUCGAGUCUCAUUUUGGAGCCCGCUGUCUGCAAGGGCUCACAGCCGGCAUUUCUGACUGUUUGCGUGGCUCUCGACUUGUAGCCUACUGGACUUUCACAGCAGUUGGUUCGUCACUAUUAUUAGUCGCAACACCAUUUGUUGUUGAUUACGCUGAUGGUGACUGGCGUACAAACUAUUGGUUCUGGACCGCAUGGGCAGCAUUCUCCCUUGUGAUCGUUCUACUAGUAGUACCUGAGACAUACUUCAUCCGGCCUGUCGCAGCACUGAGUGGAAAGUUCCACGCCACUGAUGCAUACGGCACACAUCGAACAUUUGACACCAUUGAACUUGCCCGCGAAGCUGGUUUCGAUGUGGAUAUGAGCUGCCCAAACACCACACCCAAGUCCCCAUCGUAUACCAGACAAUUCGCACCUUUGAAUAUCCAGCCAUUGCCCAUCACCCGCUUCUUAGGUUCAUUCCGGGAUGUGUUUACAUGCAUACUUGUACCAGGCACUCUCUGGGCACUUAUUCUCAACAGCGUGGUGUUUGGAGGUCUUGUCGUCCUGAGUCUCACCUAUAGCCAACGGUUAGAGAUGGAGCCUUGGCACUUCAGUCCCUCUACAGUCGGAACUGUUCAACUAGGAGCUGCCAUCGGCGGACUUGUGGGACUUGCCUACGGAGAAAUAACGGAGCUUGUCAGCCGUUAUCUAACGCAUCGUAACGGAGGCUUACGUGAACCUGAGCAUGUCCUUCCCAACUUUAUUCUUCCCUCCGUCGUGGCAUUUCUCGGCAUGAUUGCCUAUGGCGUUGUGGGUGCGGAACCUACCAAAUACAGCUGGGUAGGGAUACAUGCUUCCUUUGCUCUAUACUACUUUGGCUUCUGUUCACUCUCGGCUAUCACUGGCGUCUGGCUUGGCGAGUUACUCCCUCAUAUGUCAGGCCCUGCGAUUGUGCUGGUUUGUGGAGGUAGAAAUGCUGUCUCGUUUGGUUACAGUAAUUCUUUUGGUUCUUGGAUCACGUUUCUCGGGUUUGCACAAACCUACAUCUUGUUUGGCGGUAUCCUUUGUGCCCUUGGAUUUCUCUCCAUUCCCAUAUAUUUCGUCAACGGUCGUAUUCGCAUGGCAAUGUCUCGUGUUGCCUUUCUGACCAUGGCGAAUCUGAUAGCCGUUGCGCCACCGGUAAUUAAGAUGAUUUCAUCUGCAGCAGAACUAGUUGGCUUCCUGGGUUUAUCCGAAGUCCGGGGUGUCAUGCUCGCAUCCUUUUACGGCCCAGGAAACAUCGCCUCAUGGCUUUGCAUGGUGGCAUCCGUCCUGAACACUUGGUGCCUGAACGCGCAGUCUCGUCGGACAGAUAGCAUUAGCGCGGAUCUUGUUGUCGUUUUAGCGAUUCCAGGUGUUGCAGCAGGACAUGCUAUCUAUAUCCUUUUCUUUGGCAAUGCGAACCAUGAGUCGAUCCAGCAUCUGUUUACCAGCGCAAAUCCAGAAGUGGUAAAGCAUGCGGCAGCUGCCGAGGCGGCGCUCAAUGUAUGCGAAACAUUCUCUUUGAUAGCUGUACUUCUGGUGUUCGUCUCCACGUUCUUCGGUCAUCUGAGGCGUACACUGGCCGUCGUUACUGUUGGCCUACUGGCCUUCUCGACCGAGGCAGUUGUAUUUAUGCAAAUGAGGGGAGUCAGCAUAUCGGACACCAAUCUCACACGCCCAUUCCUCUUCAACCUGUUUGAGGUUAUGGUGUCGUUAGUGGUGUUUGUGGCAGUAUGGCUUACUGUAUUUAGUAUUCUGAUUAUAUGCCUACGGUUGGGCAUAAUCGAGGGACCCGAGGAACAAAUAGAGGUGGAAUCCGCUAAUACCGAGCUCGAAACAGAAGUGAGGGCAGCCCUAAGGGAACAGGCUAUUGAUAUAGACUCGGUAGUGCGGUGGGAAAGCCAACAACAAUCCGCCAUGGCACUCCAUCUCAUUGAGGCAGAAACCCGAGAUGGAAACCCAAUGCGGACCUUGACGCUUCUUUAA